AUGCAAAACACAUCCUAUGUUACAAUAUUCUUAUUUACAGCAUAUGACAACAAUGGAAAUAUUAGAUAUUUGUAUUUCUCAGCUACUCUAUUAGCUUUUCUUUUGAUAAUCUUUGGAAAUGUACUUCUAAUAACAGUAAUUGUCAGGGAAAGGAAACUCCAUGAACCCAUGUAUAUAUUUAUUUGUAGCCUAGCCGUGAAUGGAUUGUAUGGUGGCUGUGCUUUUUAUCCGAAAUGUUUGGCUAACCUUCUGUCAGACGCUCCAUCCAUAUCUCGGAUUGCUUGUUACAUUCAAAUAUUUUGUGUUCAUUCCUAUGCAGGAUUUGAGUAUUUAAUUUUGUCCAUAAUGGCGUAUGACCGCUAUCUGUCCAUAUGUCAUCCACUGAGAUAUAACAGCAUCAUGACUCCACCAAAGGUGACACAAAUUUUUGUGUUUGUUUGUAUGUGGUCCCUUUGCAUUUUUUCUACACUUAUAUCUUUAACUAUUAGGCUCCCACUGUGUGGGUCUGUCAUACACAAGGUUUAUUGUGACAACUGGUCAGUUGUCAGACAUUCGUGUGUGGAUGUGUCUGUGAACAGUGGCUAUGGUUUGUUUGUCACAACAGUUUUUACUGGGUCAUCAUUUCUUCUGGUUUCAUACUCAUACCUCAGAAUCCUUCUAGUGUGCAAGAAAGCUACAAAAGAAGCUCAAGCUAAAGCUCUGCAGACCUGUACCCCUCAUCUGUUGACCUUCAUGAACUACAGCCUUAUAACCUCCUUUGAAUUUGUUUAUCAGCGUUUUGACUUGAGUAAUAUUCCUAAUGUUGUUCGUGUUAUUAUUUCCAUUGAUUUCCUCUUGCUUCCUCCUCUUCUAAAUCCCAUCAUAUAUGGGAUCAAACUGCAGGAGCCAAGCGACGCGGGAACAACUUGGAGAACUUGGAAAAACUCCAGGGGAGUGUGCAGUCGCCUGGACUACAUCUUCGAGUGCAUGACCUGCUCCCUGGAGUCCGCAGCUGUGUCCCCUGUGUACUAUUCCGACCACGACUGUGUCCGUGGGUACUGGAAGCUGAACCGGGAGGUGCUGGAGGAAGACUGCUUCAAGGCACUAUUCAGGGAAAACUUCGAGAGCUGGGCUGACAUGAACUGCAGCUAG